AUGGCAUCUUCCAUAGCCGGGCCCAUCAUUGGCCUAACCCCAGUUGUUGGGCCAUCUUUUGCGGCCGCUGGCUGUGCGAAUCGCGUGGCAGAUGCGCCAGCAGGACUCCCCGAGGGGUGGCCACGGACUCUCGAUGAAGCCAUGGCUUGGACUGGUAAUCAAUUCGCGGAUGAGUCGGACUACAUCCACACUCUGAGUGAGUCGGAUCUGCAGGAAGCUGAGAAUGCUCUGCGGGUCUUUAAAGCGCUGGGCCUGGACGGAGAUCUCGUCUCUCGAGACAACUUUCCCCUUCCCACCCUCGGCCCACGACUGGACGAAAUUCGCCGAGAUGUCCAUGAUGGCAAGGGUUUUGGCGUUAUCCGCGGCCUGGAUCCACACAAGUACUCAAUCGAGGAUCUGACGGUCAUGUACCUUGGCAUUCAGUCGUACAUUGCGAAUCGCCAUGGUCGACAGGACCGAAAAGGCAACAUGCUAGUUCAUAUCGUCGCCGACAACUCAUCCAAGCUCAAGGCCGGUCACCAUCGUCAUUCUACAUCUCCCAUUGAAGCCGGCGACGUUGUCAGCUGGCUCACCCGAAGCACCGCGGCGUCGGGAGGCAAAUGCAUCAUUGCUUCGGCCUACACCGUCUACAACGUCCUGGCAGCCAGCCGCCCCGACAUGAUUCGCACGCUGGCCCGAUCUGACUGGCCGUUUGCCAUUCCCCGUUUCCAGUGCAGACCGGUCCUCUUCCAUCACGAGGGAAGAGUCAUUAUGAACUUUGGCAGAGUGGCGCUCACGGGAAAUGCCGUCCACCCACGCUCGGCGAACCUCCCGACCGUUACGCCGCGACAGAUGGAGGCCCUCGACGCCAUUGAGGCCAUCGCCAAGGCAGCUCAGCUCGAGAUCGGCACCCAGGCCGGCGACAUUCACUUCAUCAACAACCUGGCUGUCCUGCACCGACGGGAAGGGUUUGUCAACGGUGAGGCGCCCCGGGAGCGUCGACACCUGGUCCGCAUGAGGCUUCGGGAUGAUGACCUUGGUUGGGAGCUUCCCGCCGAUCUGAGACAGGAGUGGUCUGCCGCCUUCAACCAAGAGGCUCCCAAGAUCUGGCAUCUUGAGCCCAUGCCCGACGGUUUCUUUCCGCUCCGGUCUCAGGCCAAUUGA